CCACGCCCUAUCUCUGUUUCAGCGCUCUUAAAUUGUGUGAUUGUGUGUGUGUGUGUGUGUAUGUGUGUCUGCUCUCUGACGCGAUGGAAAGUCCGAAAAUAUGGAAUAAGAUGAUUUUCAAUGUAAAACAGAUGACCAACCGGACAUGAGACUCCUCUGUUGUCAUGGCGAUGAUCUCUUUAAUUUGUCUCCUCCCUGUCAUCGCUCUUGCCACACCCUUCCCCAGAGAUCUACAGCCAGUCAGUGUGGUGGGACCGGAGGACUCUCACCUGUAUCCCAGUUUUCAGGGUCUGAUGUCAGACAAUCACACGCAGCGUCUCGGUCUGGCAUAUCAGCAGAUGAUCAGAAUCCAGCAGAUGUUGUAUAUCGCUGCCAGAGACCAUGUGUUUGUUGUGAAUCUCACUGCUGCAGUAAGUCAAAUUGUUCCACAGCAGAUACUGACGUGGAGAUCUACAGAUGUGUCUAAGUGCGCCGUCAGAGGAAGAAACAGUGAUGAAUGUUAUAAUUAUAUCAAAGUUCUUCUGCCUCGGAACGAUGAGACUCUGUUUGCAUGCGGAACAAACGCUCUGAAUCCCACCUGCAGGAACUACAGGUCCAGCACACACGAGCAGGUGGGACAGGAGCUGUCGGGUCAAGCCAGAUGUCCUUUUGAGUCUGGUCAGUCUAAUGUUGGACUGUUUGCAGGUGGUCACUUCUAUUCCGCCACAGUCACAGACUUCCAGGCGAGUGACUCUGUGAUCUACAGGAGUUUAGGAGGAGAGGGACGACCCGUCCUGCGCACGGUCAAAUACGACUCCAAAUGGCUCAGAGAACCUCACUUUCUUCACGCUGUAGAAUACGGCAACUAUGUGUAUUUCUUCUUCAGUGAGAUCGCUGUAGAACACACGGCGGCAGGAAAGGUGGUGUAUUCACGUGUGGCACGCGUGUGUAAGAAUGACAGCGGCGGCUCCACGCGUGUGUUGGAUCGGUACUGGACGUCUUUUCUGAAGGCCCGGUUGAACUGCUCAGUUCCUGGAGAAACCUUCUUCUACUUUGACGUUCUGCAGUCUGUCACUGAUGUUCUGCAGAUCAACCGGCGUCCUGCUGUGCUCGGCCUCUUCACUACACAGAUCAACAGCAUUCCCGGUUCAGCCGUCUGUGGCUUCUAUCUGGAUGACAUUGAGCGAGUCUUUAAUGGGAAGUUUAAAGAGCAGAAGAACAGUGAUUCUGUGUGGACGUCAGUGCCGGAGGAACACGUGCCCACACCACGUCCUGGUUCAUGUGCGGGAGAGGGUUCUGCGUCCUCGUUCUCAUCCUCUGCACAGUUUCCAGAUUCUGUGCUGUUGUUUAUUAAGACACAUCCACUGAUGGACGAGUCUGUGUCGUCUAUCAACAACCAACCGCUGAUCACCAGCACCGUCAGCCGGUAUAAACUGACGGGGAUUGUUGUGGACACGGCUGCUGGACCUCAUAAGAACCGCACAGUGGUGUUUGUGGGUUCUGAGGACGGACGUGUUCUGAAGAUUCUGACCAGCGUUCAACCCAACAGCACACACAGCUCCAAACUACUGGAGGACAUUGAUGUUUACAAUCCCACACAGUGUAGCGGUGAGCGCAGGGUGUUGGGUCUGGAGCUGGAUAAGGAGAAUCAUGCUCUGUUUGUGGCGUUUUCCAGCUGUGUUAUCAGAGUUCCUCUGAGCCGCUGCCUUAAACACGGCACCUGCAAGAGUCGCUGUAUCUCCACACAUGACCCAUACUGCAUCUGGCUGCGCACAGGACGCUGUGCUGACGUGGCCCCUGGAUUCAAGGCAGGGUUUGAGCAGGACAUUGAUGGUGAUCAGUCACAGUUACCUGACACAUGUGCCGAUGUGAUGUCAUCAGCAGGAACUGAUCAGAAGUCAGUUGUGGAUUCAGCGUCCGGUGUGAAGCAGUUUCCUGAUGUCGACAGCGUGAGCGGCAGCAGUUAUCACAUCACUCUGUUGGGUGCGUGUGUGUUGGUAGCGUUCGUGUUGGGUGCGUUUGUGUCGGGUCUGCUGGUGUCGUGUGUCUGCGGUCAGAGGUCACCUCGAGCACAAGAGCCUGAGGAGAUGCUUCCACACGCUCUCGACAGCCUCGCCAAACUCAACCGCCUACUGGACACCAAACCAGACACCGGCUCACACAUCUACAGCUCCGCCCUGCCCUGCAGGCAGCAGCCAAUCAAAUCACACGUGUCAGACGUAACAUCCGGCCAACCUGUCGGGGAAGAGCUGGUGUCCACCCUGCCCACCCCCGAUUCAACUCCAGAACUGCCAAUCAAGAGUGUAAAGAUCUUCAACAGCCAAUGGGAGAGAAACCUGCCACCGUCCACCCUCAUGCUUACACAGCAGGAACUUCCUGUAACACAAAACUUCUCUAUGAAACAAACACUUUCUGACGAUGACUGCUUCAAACAUGGACAGCAUGAGGUGGGCGGAGACGGUACGACAAGGGGACAUGACAUCACUGUGAUGACAUCAUCUCUGUUGCCGUCGACAUCAUAUUACAGCUGCUUAACCCUCCCUCAGAAAACGCCCACAGAGACGCCUGAAAGCACAACGUUUCAGCAGAUUCCAGUGUCUCGCUUCCCCUCACAGCGACAGGUCCUCAUCAGAAUGGGCAACGGGGUCAGCACCACCCGUCAGCACAGUUUUAACCAGAAAGCGGCGGCGCCACAGCAUCAGUCAGCAUAUAACGGAAACAUCUACGAGACUCACAGAGCGCUGAUCCUGCGUGACGCGUGUCUCAUCCGACAGCACAGCUUCAGUGAGCCUCCUCACCUCCAGCGGGCGGCUGUCAUCAGACGCACAGCAUCCCUGAAACCACAGAUACCCCCUAAACCCAUAAACAUACCCGUCAGAGCGCUACACCUGCCCACGGCUGCAGCCGCCAACACGACGCAACACUGCUGAAGGUCAGAGGUCACAGACUAGGAACACUAGGACUCUGGCUCUUUUUGGAAUGGUAUGAUAGUAUACUGAACAGGAUACAGUACUGUAGCUACUGAUUUUUAGUAUGUGAAACAUGUGUAGUAUGUUAAUGCUACAUGACCUCAUACAUAUUUCUGUUGCUAGUAUGCUCUUCCCAAUAUAGCCGGGACUCCACAACAAAAAACAAAUUUUUGUUUAUUUCGUGGAUGAGUGAAAGACUGAAUAUUUCAGUUUAACAGAUGUAUUCACACUUUCAUUAUUAAGAACACUGAAGGGAUGAGGAAUGACACAAGACACACUCUUAAAGUUAGCGCCACAACAUCUACACAUCAACAAAACUUGAGUCAGAGGAGACCGUGUGACAUGAAUUAAUGGUGGUUUAAUGGUGGUUUGUAAAGGGAACAUGUGGAGUAGCAGACUUUGUAUCACAGGAUGUCAUGUUAAUCAUGUUUAUGUUUAUGUUUGUUUAAUAAGAGCACUAUGUAUGAAUAUUUGACCUCAGGUGACUGUGAAUAAACUCACUGCAGAUUUC